CAUCGAGCGAAUUACAUAAUAUCUCACGAAUAACAAGCUUCGAAAACUUUUAUCGAGUAGCGAACCUUCCAUGCACGCGUUAAAAGAGACCCUUCGUACGUGCUCUCCUCGCCUCCAAGCCCGGCUCAAAUUUCUCAAUAAAGCCGCACGUGUCAGCGAAAACCCCAAGGCCUUUGUCCACGUGGUACCAUUCCCAGCCUUCUUUUAUAUCUCCCUACAUCUCUUCCUUACUUUUCUGAAACCAGAGGCCCCAGCCAUCAAAUCCGAAUCAGAACCCGAAUCGGACCCCAAACUUCGCCGAUUCGAUUAGUUUUCGGUGACGGUUUUUUUCGUUGAAGUCUGAGAAAUUUCGGAAUUUCAGAUAUGGAGAUGGAAAAUCCAGCGAAUUUCAGUUACAUGGGGAGGAACUUCAGCGAUCUGAGCAACGGCGAUAACUCCUCUGCUUUCAGCGAGUGUAACAGCGAUAGAUCCGGUGAGUUCCCGACGACAUCGUCCCAGAGCCGGCGGCUUCUGAUUGCCUGCGCUUCCGACAACUCCGACGAUAUGAUUCAACAGCUCGUCGCCGUGCUCGAGGCCGGUUCGACUGAGGAGCAGAAGCAGGCGGCGAUGGAAAUCAGGCUCCUCGCCAAGAACAAGUCCGAAAAUCGGCUCAAAAUCGCCCGAAACGGUGCGAUUAAGCCGUUGCUUUCGCUCCUAUCGUCGUCUGAUCUCCAGCUCCAGGAGUACGGCGUCACCGCGAUUCUCAACCUCUCGCUGUGCGACGAGAAUAAGGAGCUCAUCGCUUCGUCGGGAGCGAUCAAGCCGCUGGUUCGGUCGCUCAAGACGGGGACCGCCACAGCGAAAGAGAACGCCGCCUGCGCUCUGUUCCGCCUCUCGCAAAUCGAAGAGAACAAAGCCGCAAUCGGACGGUCGGGAGCGAUUCCGCUUCUGGUGAACCUUCUGGAGUGUGGAGGCUUUCGUGGGAAGAAGGACGCGUCGACGGCUUUGUACUCGCUGUGCUCCGUCAAAGAGAACAAGAUUAAAGCCGUCGAGUCGGGAAUCAUGAAGCCGCUUGUGGAACUGAUGGCGGACUUCGGGUCGAACAUGGUGGACAAGUCGGCGUACGUGCUGAGCGUCCUCGUGUCGGUGCCGGAGGCCCGCGCAGCGUUGGUGGAGGAAGGCGGGAUUCCGGUACUGGUGGAGAUUGUAGAGGUGGGGUCGCAGCGGCAGAAGGAGAUAUCGGUGGCGAUAUUGCUGCAGCUUUGCCAGAACAGUGGGGUCCACCGUAACAUGGUGGUCCGCGAAGGAGCGAUUCCUCCCCUCGUCGCUUUGUCUCAGUCCGGCACCAAUCGUGCCAAGCAAAAGGCGGAGACACUGACAGAGCUUCUACGGCAACCGAGGUCCGGCAAAGUCGCUGCACGAGCGUCAGACGUGUCAUUAUAACACCACCCACGUCACCACCGUGGGCCCACCACCUAGCUAUGCUCCCAGAUAUAGCAAUGGCCAUGUAAUCAAACAGUGA